AUGAAGUCCUUUCGAACCCAUCGAUCAAAGUCUCUCCCGAGCACCAAAACCACCAAGAAGUCACUUUUUUCCAAGAUAUCCCGUCGUCUCUCUCUCAGUACCAGAAGACGCACCGAUUCUGUCCGUCUAUACGAUGAUAGCGACGAUGACACAAUCCAAGUGAUUCCUCAAGAGCUUCAACAACCACCCCCACAAUCACGCUUCGCACGCCGAGCCUCCCGAUUCUGGUCCGUGUCUUCAGCAAACCAAUUCGAAGAAGACUGCUCUUCACCCCAGUCCCCAGCAUAUCCCUCGUACGGGGGCGCAUACGUCCCACGCCAUGCAGCAAGCGACUUCUCCAAGACAGCCACCAACCGCCUAACCAUGAUGCCAGAGGCCGACGAGACGACGCUCUGCUCAUACAACUAUCGCACCGACACAGCCACAAGAAGCUUCAGCAUGACUGACAGCGAGCCCGAUGUGGAUCAUCGUGAGCAGGCACUCAGAGACUUGACUGCGACACGCAGCAGCACCCUCUCAAGUCAAACGAGCAAUGACUACACUUUCUUCUCAGUCGACGCGACGGCUAGUGUAGAUGCUCGACACCGAAGGUCAGCAGCAGCAUGGGCUGAGCUUGAACAGAGAUCAGCGGCCGUCAACUACAGGAUGAGUUGCACCGACCAUCUCAUUCCCCGGCAGGGCCGGACGCACAGCACUUAUCUUGGCUUGCCUGGCAGCUCAUAUGACUCGUCAAGGCCGGCGAGCUCAGUAGCCCCAAGUUUGAGAUGUGAAAUGACUGGGAUUAUCGGACAGGCGUUAAAGGCAGGCGUUUUAUGCAAUAUUGGGGUGCAAAUCUGGCUUGGGAUUCAAGAACACGAGGCCUGGACUGCUUCAAACCACAACAAGCGUAAUAGCGCUGAUACAUGA